AGCCACCUUAAACUCCUCGCUCGCUCUCGCACUACUACUCCGACCUUCGCUUUAGUUCGCUCUCCGUCUCUCCAGAGCCUUCCCGCUCCAUUCCCACCGAGGCACGUAACACGUUCAUGGCGACCUCCGCAGCAGCGGCAGUGACGGUGAGCUCAUCGGACGCCCUAGCCCUUGCGAGCGCGAUCGUGUCGUUGGCCAGGGACGCCUUCACCCACCGGAGGAACUGCCAGCAGCUCGCCGAGCACGCGGAGCUGGUGCGGGCCCUGCUGGAGAAGGUGGACGGCACGGACCUGGCGAGGGUACCGGAGAUCGAGGAGGGUUUGCGGGAGCUGGAGGAGGUCCUGAGAGAGGCGCUCGAGCUGGUGGAGAGCUGCAGAGGGAAGAGCUGUAUGUACAUGGUCGCCACCGGGUGGAACGCGGUGUACGAGUUCCGCCGCGUGGAGACGGAGAUCGAUCGGCGGGUGAAGAUCCCGACGUUGACUGCGUUGGUGCAUGAGUUUCGCAUGGAGCAUUUGAAGCAAGCCCUGCGAGCCAUCGAAGACGACCACAGAGAUUACAUGCUGGACGAGCUGGACAUCGAAGCUCAGAAGGCGAUCCUGAAACCCGACCGAACCAAGAGAGAUGCGGACGUUUUGGAGAAGUUCCUGUAUCGGGCGUACCCCGACCUGCGAUUCGACGAAGCUCUUCAAGAGGAGCGAGAGAAGCUGCAUGUCGAGUUGCAGUGGUUGCGGUCAAGGAACGAGACAAAGCAGUGUCGGGUGAUUGAGCAUCUCAUCAGCGUCGCCGAGAACCCGUCCAACACAUUGCCGAGCAAGAGGGUCACGAAGCUGCUUGUGAAUCAGCCGGCAUUCGUCAUGUCGGGGUAUAUAAACAAUGUAAAGUCCAUCAGAGAGAGCUUUCAGGAUCAAGGACAAGAUGACUGGCAGGCUGAUCUUUUGGUUGCUGCAUGGAGCCCUCUUUGA